UCCCGCGGGCGGGAACCCGGAAGUGGGCAGCGCCGGCGGCUCCCGGCGGGCCGGCGGGUAGCGGGGGCUCAGCCGGGCGGGCGCAGCCGGCACCCCGCGGCGGGGGCAGCGGCGGCUGGCAUGGUGCUAGCGGCAGCGCGCCGCGCACGCGUUGCACGGAGGAAGCCUGAGCGGAGCCGCGAUGGAGAUGCUGCUGCCGCCCGUAUGUACCAAACUUUGCCAUCAGAAGCCCUUGGAUCUGAAAGAUGAUAACACUGAAAUUCACUGUCCUGUUACAGUAAAUCCAUGGCACAUGAAGAAAGCUUUUAAAGUUAUGAAUGAAUUAAGAAGUCAAAACUUGCUGUGUGAUGUGACGAUAGUAGCUGAAGACAUGGAAAUUGCAGCGCAUAGAGUUGUGCUAGCCGCCUGCAGCCCCUACUUCCAUGCCAUGUUUACAGGUGAGAUGAGUGAAAGCCGAGCAAAGAGAGUUCGAAUAAAGGAAGUCGAUGGCUGGACUCUAAGGAUGCUUAUUGAUUAUAUUUACACUGCUGAAAUUCAAGUUACAGAAGAAAAUGUGCAGGUACUGCUCCCAGCAGCUGGUCUCUUGCAACUGCAGGAUGUGAAAAGGACUUGCUGUGAAUUUUUGGAAUCCCAGCUUCAUCCUAUCAACUGCUUGGGGAUUCGUGCUUUUGCUGACAUGCAUGCAUGCUCAGAUCUCUUGAAUAAGGCCAACACAUAUGCAGAACAGCACUUUUCUGAUGUCGUACUUAGUGAAGAAUACCUUAAUCUUGGUGUAGAGCAGGUGUGCAGUCUUAUAUCCAGUGACAAACUCACAAUUGCCUCAGAAGAGAAGGUAUUUGAAGCAGUGAUAGCGUGGGUAAACCAUGACAAAGAUGUAAGGCAGGAGCUAAUGGCACGCCUGAUGGAGCAUGUUCGGCUGCCUUUGCUUUCCCGGGAAUAUUUAGUUCAGAGAGUUGAAGAGGAAAUAUUGGUUAAGAACAGCAGUGCUUGUAAAGAUUACCUCAUUGAAGCUAUGAAGUAUCACUUGCUGCCAACUGAGCAACGAGCACUGAUGAAAAGCACUCGAACAAAAUUGAGAACGCCUGCUAGCCUUCCAAAAUUGAUGAUGGUAGUUGGAGGACAGGCACCAAAGGCAAUUCGCAGUGUUGAAUGCUAUGAUUUUAAAGAAGAACGCUGGCAUCAAGUCGCUGAAUUGCCUUCCAGAAGAUGUAGAGCGGGAAUGGUGUACAUGGGAGGCAUGGUUUAUGCUGUUGGUGGUUUCAAUGGUUCUUUGAGAGUUCGCACGGUAGAUUCCUAUGAUCCAGUGAAGGACCAGUGGACAAGUGUUGCUAAUAUGCAAGACAGGAGAAGCACACUGGGAGCAGCUGUAUUAAAUGGCCUUCUUUAUGCUGUGGGAGGAUUUGAUGGGAGUACAGGUUUAUCAUCAGUCGAAGUUUACAACUUAAAGACUAAUGAGUGGUUUCACGUAGCUCCAAUGAACACAAGAAGAAGUAGUGUUGGCGUAGGUGUUGUUGGAGGUAAACUGUAUGCCGUUGGUGGCUACGAUGGGGCGUCACGUCAGUGCCUUAGUUCAGUAGAAUGCUAUGAUGCCAAUACAAACGAGUGGACCUAUGUUGCAGAAAUGAGCACUAGACGGAGUGGAGCAGUAAUUCUUCUCAUCACCUGGUGUUUACAUCCUUUGGAUAUGUAUAGGCUACUACAUGUUAUCCUUCCUUAUCGUUUAGCCAAGGUAUAUCCAUUUAUUUCUUUAUAAUCUUAAAAAUCCCUUCUUUAUUUUUUCGUGGAUUCUUUUUCCCUUCUUGCGAUUCUGAGUUAUGUAUAUUUCUCUUUAAAGACAUCAAAAGUGCCUUGUGGUAUUCUACUUUUGUUUAAUGAAAUGAUGCUUCCGCAGCUCCAAACUGACUUUAGCAUUUUCAUUAUCUAUUUAUAUUAUGGACUCAAAUCUCAUUUGCUGUUCACUGUCCUCUAUUUGUCUUUUGGUAUUUCAGGUUUUUUCAACUCGCAGAAGUUGUUUUAUUUCUCUAGAUGUGUUCCCAUGGACUUUUUCAAGUCAAAUUGCAUGAUAUUAUUUUUCUACGUUUAUUUUUUUAGUUAAGUCACUUUUUUGCCAAGUACUCAAUGGUGCUUUUUAGCAACACCCUUCAAAUAUCUACUGGUGAUUGCAUUAAUGUGCUUCAUAAUUGGAAGAGAUGUUGCUACAAAUAAAAUUGGAUGGACUUUUAGUAUGCUCAGGAGAUGAUCAAUAGUUAUCCCAACUUUCCAUCUUGCCUUCCAUUAUUCUUUAUUAACUCUGAACAGUUUUUAAUCUGUAUAAUGACGUUUAAGUCCAAAUUAUUUUAAAAGAAAUAGAUAACAGUAUUAAAAUCAUUACUAAAAUUAAGAUAUUUAGUUUGUGAUACUUCCAUUCUACCAUUACAAAAUCAGCAAGCUGAUAUGUCUCUUACUGCUAAAAGUAAUGUUUUGAUUGUGUUUCUAAACUAAAACCAUGACAUUAAUGAAGGAAACACAAUGCACUGUAUCUCAAGAAAAUGGUUGUCUUGUGAAACUUCUAGUUAUUCAGUCUGUGCAUCUUGGAAGGAAAUUCUGAGUUAAAAACUGGCCAGAGUUGCAGUAAGGGUACUGUUAAAUACUCUUGUGUAAUAUUGGCAAGUUUUGAGGAAAAUAUUUAUAUAAAAUGGGCACAUUAUAAGUAUCAUGAUAAAGACAAAUAGUGUUGGUGGGUUGUGACAAAGCUUCAUUUUGCAAUCUGCCUGCACACCCAUUUUAUCUCAGCAUUUAUUUUUUUUUUAAAUAGCCUGGUUUUGCAAACUAUCAUUGUGCUUGUAGCUUAUUUAUACACUAGAUAUUUUCAGAUAUCUUUUUUAAAAUGUUGAAUUAUUUCUAUGACUCUGAAAUUUAGUGCCUUAGAUACACUAAUUACUGGGAUCUUUCUGCCCCUCUCCUCCCUCCCCUUGUCCCAGAGUUCAGGAACCGUGUUUACUUAACUCUCUGCUGCUUUUACCUUGUCCUCUGAUUAAAAAAAAAAAAAAAAAAAAAAAAGGAAAAGUAAAUGUAGUCAGUUAUUUCAGAUUCAUAUAACUGAGUAAAAUAAUCAACAUUCCUCUGUGUCACCUUUAAAUACAUGAAAAAUUAUAUUUGUGCAUGGAGGGGAGGAGUGGGUGGUAAUGUGAGAAUCAUGACUAUUGAUUGAGCUUGGCUGUAGUGGCCAAAUAUCCAAAACCACCAGAACUGUUUCGACUGGUGAUCGGGUCUGGUGGUGUUAUGGGUGCUAACUAAAGAAAAUUUUGUUCCUGUAUUAAACCUUUGGAUCUCUGUCAUCUCAAAGAACUUAAGCCCUUCUUUUCUGUUCCUACUGCUUCAGAGGUUAACCCUCUGUUACUCUUCUCUAGUACCAACUGCUUCUCAGUUAUCAAUACGGGGACAGAUCUGUUUCCAGCAGCAUAUUGGGAUGAGGAACUUCAGAUCCAGAUAUAGGCCAUUUGGGAGGGAUGAGAGAUAAGAGACAGGGUCCUGAAAAAUGGGCAGGGAAGAAAAAUAACAAAGAAAGGAGAACUCAGAAGACGGCAACAAGAGGAUACAGACGGAAGGAGCAAGAAAUAAGGUAGGACUUGGAAACUGGGUGUGGGAUUAAGGGAACAUGAAGCACCAAAGAGGAACGGAGGACACUAUUAAAAAUAAGGAUCUGUCAAAGAAAAAAUGGCAAUGUAGCAGAGGGAAACCUCUACACACUGGAUAGGAAGGUUGGUAACUAUACAGAAAGCCUGGGGUGGGUUUAUUUCACAUCACAUUUUUAAACUAAAAAUCUCAGCCCUUCUUCUAGCUCUGUAAUGUUUAAUGCUGCGAAAGAUGAAUGUUGUAUUAUCCUCCCUAAUAUAGUGUGAUCAGAGCAGGAGAAAGAAAAGCUGUCACACUAUACUGUGACAUGAUAGCUAGAAAUAAUAGCAAUAAAAGAGGAAUUAAAUUAACUGAGAAGGAUAUCAGGAAAUUUAGUAGUGAAUAUCACUGAUAAAACAUUAGAUAGCAUGAUUUAUAAAGCAGUGUCCUAUUAAGAAGCUAUUUUUCAGAUUUGCAGUACCAAUUAACUCUUCCAUGUUUCCUUCACUCUUCCUUUAAUUAUUAAAAUGUGUCUUUUUAAUAAGAAAAUGUAGUUAUUUCAGCAGGAGUCAUUUCUCUCCCCGUAUAGGAAUGGCUCUUACAUACCAUAUUAGUGAUAUGUUUUCAAAGAUAUUUCACCUGGCUAUUAAGGUCUCAGGGUUUGUGGGUUGUUUUAACCCAGCAUAUUUUUUUUUUCUCUGAAGGACUUAACUGAUAUUUUGCAUUCAUAUUUGCUGUUUCCCUUUAUUAAAGAUUUUAAGCUGUGCCCUUUUCAGAACUAUUUCAGAACCCUUUAAGAACUAUGUUUGCAAAUCUGUAUUUCAGCUUUGAGUUUCAUAAUCUUAUAUGUGACAUAUAGUAGAUUUCCCAAUGUACUUUCACAGUAGUGUUUUCUUCAGUUGUCUUUAUGGUCCAUCACUCACAAGUUUUAAUGCAAAAAACCCCCCCAAAAA